UUCAAAGGUUUAAGUCCUUCUUUUCAAAGACACGCGCUAUUUCUUUUCAUAUAGUCUUCUUAAUCUUCGAGAUGGUUUUGACUCAAGUUCGAAGAGUGCUGCAAAAACCGAGUGGCCAGCGUGAAAUUUCUCGUUAUUGCUCGCAACUGCUCAAAGACGCCGACUUUCUGUUCAGUCCUAACCCGCCCAAAUCAUCGAAACAACGAGUUCUGGAGCUGAACGCUAGUUCGCAGUCAGUUCAAAACAAGGGACUGUUACACGAAUGUGGAAACGUGAACAAAAGGAAUAUUUCACACUCCAGUUGGACUCCUGUCAAGGAUGAGUUCUUGAAAGACCACAUUAAGCUACCUGUAAAUGAUGGCUCGACACAUCAUUCUUUUCACACAAUGUUGUUACGUCUAAACUGCAGAUGUUCAGAAUGCUCCGAACCAAGUUCGGGCCAGAAAAUGUUUGUGCCGUGGAAUUGCAACCCAAACUACAAACUACCUAAAACCCAAAGCAGCUCGUCUGCAAAAACUCGCCCCCGAUUCUCGUCUGGGAGUUUCGACGUUACUCGAUGUUCACAAUCUGAACAAGAUGAAAACUUGUGGAACGUUGAGUUUCUCGAUCGUAGAGACGGGUCCACCCAUUUGGGUUCCGUGUCGAAGGAUUUCCUCGCCGAGGUCUAUCACAACUGCGAGAAACGACAGCAUAUAAGCGAAUCGAAGACCCCGAAACCUUUGACGGAUGCUGUCAGGAAAAUUGAUUAUACCCAUUUCUACGGAACUGAAGAAGGUUUAUUUGGAGCACUAACCGAGCUGGUCCAUAGCGGUAUGGUUAUUCUCAAGAAUGCGCCACAACGCACUGAGACCAUACAGAUGUGUAUGGCCCGAUUUGGUCCAGUGGCAGAGACCAUUUAUGGAAUUGACUGGAGAGUGAAAGUUGAAGACAAUCCAAUAAACAUUGCAUACUCCAACGAACAUUUGGACUAUCACAUGGAUCUGAUCUAUUAUGAAAGCGCACCUGGUCUGCAAGGCUUACACGCCUACCUGUUCGACCGGGAGACCAAAGGAGGCGAGUCUCUCCUGCUGGAUGUCUUUCCAGUUGCAGAGGAGUUCAGGCGUCUUCAUCCAGAUCUAUUCCAGACCUUCUCCACGGUACCCGCCACUUUCCAGAAGAUCCACUUCAGUCGAGAGAGUCCAGUGUAUCUGCGUAGUCACAAACCACACAUAGAGGUGAACAGAGAUGGUGCCAUCAUUGCAGUCAAUUGGAGUCCUCAGUUCGAGGGACCCCUUCUCAAAGCACGACCCGACGAGGUGGCUAGCUACUAUGAAGCGUACACCACGUUUGGACAGAUGCUUCAAGACAGCAAACUCGGAAAGCAAUUCAAACUUGAAGAAAACGACGUGCUGGUCUUUAACAAUCGGCGCAUUGUACACGGCAGGACGGAGAUCGAAUCCCGCUCUGGCGGGCGGGAACUGAUUGGCGCAUAUGUCAACAUCGACGAAUUUUACAAAACUUAUAAUGUGUUAGCGGUGAAAUAUGGCAAACAAACUUACCCUGUUCGUGUUGGAAAUCACGACCAAGCAUAACGAGUCCUGAAAUUCAGCCAACUUGAUUAUGUUUUUCUUAAUAACUAGACGCUGAAACGACACACCAAAACCCUGAGUGCCCAUAUUGCUCAAAGAGUGGCGACAAGUUUUGAACUUUAGACUAAAAGCGGUUUUUAAAAUUGUACG